UCUCUUUCUCUUCUUCUCUCUUUCUCUUGACUUUUUCUUUUCUCUUCUUGAGUUCAGAGUCAGAAUGGAUCAGACGAGUGAGGAUCCCGUGUUUUUCUCAGUCAGACUUUUCUGUUUACAGGAGGAGAUGCCAGACCAAACUGUAGAGAAUGCAGAUCUACAGUUCAAAAUAAACAAAGUGCGAGGCCAAGACCUGUCGCUGUGUUUGAACUCGACACCAGACGACGGACUCGUGUGUGUGGAACGAGAAAAUAAAAUUCCACUUUUCCGCUUUCCUGUUUCCGUGGAGAUGGAGAGUUGUCCGGGUCGGAGGUCAAUCUUUUAUCGUCACGUUUGAGAAACACAGCUACAUUCUGCAGUUUAAAACUAUGACAGAUUUGAAAACAUUUCAGCAGCAUCUGAGGAAACAAGUGGAUAAAACUAUUAAAGGAGACAGGAAAGGAGACAAGGAGAUAUUACCAAGGAGACACUUGAGAGCUGAGACGUCUCCUUCAAACUGUUACCAGUUCCACAGUUGUCUCUCGCAGCAGCAGAGUCUCCUCCAGGACCACAGCCGGACCGCCACGUACCACAAAGCCAUUCUGCUCAACGACGUGGACUUCAGGGACAAGGUGGUGUUGGAUGUUGGAGGUUCGGGGAUGUUGUGUUUUUUUGCAGUUCAGGCCGGAGCUGCUAAAGUCUACAGUCUGCAGUCUGGACCUAUGGCCAAACACACUCAGUCCCUGGUCCAGUCCAACGGUCAGUCGGGUCAGAUCCUGGUCCUGAACCAGGACUUGGACUCGGCGGUUUGUCCAGAGGAGGUGGACGUCCUCCUCACAGAGCCGACUGGGCACCUGCUGCUGUCCGACCCUCACGUACAGACGGUCCUGAGAGCCAAGAAGUGCCUCAAACCUGGAGGUUUGAUAUUUCCGACCUGGGCUGAUCUCCACUUGGCUCCUUUCAGCGACGAGCAACUUUAUUUUGAAAACUACGCAAGAGCUGCUUUCUGGCAACAGAGGAAUUUCUGCGGAAUAAACCUGAGUUCUCUUCACAACUCUGCAGUGGACGAGUUUUUCAGACAGCCCAUAGUGGACACGUUUGAAGUCCAGAUCCUGAUGUCUCGCUCGGUGAAACAUCGGAUUAACUUCAAGGAGGCCGCACCAGAAGAUCUCCAGAGAGUGGAGAUUCCCUUUACGUUCACUCUACAACAGUCUGGACUCGUUCACGGACUGGCCUUUUGGUUUGACUUGGCCUUUCAAGGAUCCAAAGCGACUGUUUGGAUGUCCACCGCUCCGACAGAACCUUUGACCAGAUGGUACCAGGUCCGGUGCUUGUUCCAAACUCCACUCUUCAGUAAAAUGGGACAAACUUUGACUGGGCGUGUGAUACUGGCCGCUAACGACAGACAAAGUUACGACAUCCACAUCACAGGAACCAUUGACCAAUCAGGAUUCACCUCUGGAAAUGUUUUGGAUCUGAAAAACCCGUUCUUUAGACAAAAUCAAUGUGUGUAUGUCUGUGUGUGGGUUUAAAGGAUGCCCUCCUGGUUCCACAGUUAAAGACCAAAACAAGAUAUUCUGAAAGUGGCGCGUCAUUUUGUCAUCUGAAGAAUUUUUAACACUAAAAAGGUAAACAAAUGGUUAUUUUUAUUUAUUCAUUUAUUCAUUUUGUUAAUAGCAAUUGCACGAAACCACUCAAGCAAGUACUAAAUCUGUCCACUAGAGGGCAAUAAAUCCUCUUUUUUCCACAUACACUGAAUAGUUUUUAUAUACAGUCUCUAGAAAUUUCUAUAAACAGUUGAUUUUAAAGGUGUAACAUGUAACUUUUGAUUGAUUUUGAUGUUAUAAUUUCUAGAUCUAUAUACACUCUAUAGUUUUACACGAGAAAUAUUUGUUUAUAGACAGA